AACUCGCGCAGUGCCGUUGCAUGUCUGUGCGUAAAGCAGCACCCGGAGCUGUGUAGUGAUUAGUGACAGUACAGUAGCGCGGCUCUCUCUCUGCUGGUCACUUCUCAUGCAGAGUGCGUCUGCGGAGAGCACCGCCGGGCUCUCUGCGUCCUUCACACUGUUACUGCGUGAGGUCUGCCAAAAAACACAGCCGAAAGUGUCGAAACAUUAUCUUUUGCUCUUGUGUUUUGCCGACAAUCGACCGGAGUCUGGUUGGAAUCGAAAAUCUGAUCGGAAACUCAGCGCAUCCGCCUGAUAUCUCGCUGUAAGGAGGCAUCAGGAAACUGAAGAGGGAAGACAGCGUGUUGUGAAUACAGAUUAGAGCAACUAUUUACACCUUCAACCCACCAGUCUGCCGUGCUCCUGGACAAAGCUAAAAGGACAUCGCUGCACACGAUUCAGCUUUAUACUGGUCUGUCACAUCACGUUGUGAGUCACUCACUAUUCAUACAUGCUUUUUUACUAGCUCGGUAUCUUCACCCCAUCUUUUCUGCUCCAUCCCGGAGGUGAAAACUGUCUGCCUGCCAUCGGUUCUACUCGAAGCGCACAGAAAACCAAUAAAAAAAACGAUUCAGGCGAGACCUGUAUGCGGCUGUGACAUGCUGUAAGUUGUUUUUAUCUGGACUGGACCUAUAAUAUGGCUUCGCUGUAUCAGAGAUUCACCGGGAAGAUAAAUACGGCCAAUUCCUUCCCGCACCCACCUGAGGCCAGUCACCUGCUCGGUGGUCAGGUUGCAGACGAGGAAAACGCGGCGAAGACCCCUCAGCCACUCGGCGAUGGAAGACCUUACAUCCAGUAUCGCAAAAAAAGCUCGGAUGAGGAUGUGAAGAUGACAGCCUCGCCCUUAAGAAGAAAGUGACUAUCGAGGAUGUUUUUGGUCCAGACCUUCAAAUCCACGACCCAGACGCCAGGUGGCUCAGCGACAACGAGCUGCUGUAUCGUACAAGGGAAGGAGAUGUUGUGAAGCUGAAUGUUCACACAGAGGAGAGAACGGUCGUCGUGCUGAACCAGUUGUUUGACAGAUCCAGAGCCGCAAGGUACCAGGUGUCUCCUGACAUGCAACACGUGUUGUUCGCCUUUGAGGUGAAGCCGAUCUACCAACACUCCUAUCUGGCCAAGUACAUUAUUUACAGCCUUGUGACACAGGAGACUUGGCCUUUGAAGCCCCCCGAAGUGCACGAAGCUGUCCUGCAGUUUGCCGGAUGGGGACCCCGAGGCGAGCAGCUGAUCUUCAUAUUUGAAAACAAUAUCUUCUACAGAUCAACAAUAGAUAACCGAGCCAUCCGCCUGGUUUCCACGGGUAAAGAGGGAGUCGUCUUCAACGGCCUUACUGACUGGCUGUACGAGGAGGAGAUCCUGCAGACACACAUCGCCCACUGGUGGUCUCCGGACGGGCUGCGCCUGGCCUACAUGACCAUCAACGACACGCUGGUGCCAAAGAUGGAAGUUCCCUUCUUCACAGGAUCGCCGUACCCCGCCACCUUGGAGUAUCACUACCCCAAGGCUGGGGAGGAGAACCCUGUGGUGCACCUGUCAGUGGUGAGCCUCAACGGGCCCCUGCACACCGUGGUGAUGAAGAAACCUGAUGACCCCCGCAUCGGGAGGGAGUAUUAUAUCACCAUGGUGAAAUGGGCCACCAGCACUAAACUGGCUGUCAACUGGCUGAACAGAGGCCAGAACAACUCCAUCCUGACUCUGUGUGAGGCUACCACUGGAGUCUGCAUUAAGAAACAUGAGGAUGAGAGUGAGAGCUGGUUGCACAGACAGAAUGAAGCUCCGCUCUUCUCCCACGACGGACACAAAUUCUUCUUCACCAGAGCAAUCCCUCAGGGUGGGAGAGGAAAGUUCUUCCACAUCUCUAUGUCCACCACUAUGUCGAACACGAGCACAGACAUCCUUCAGUCUCUGACCUCCGGAGACUGGGACGUCACCAGCAUCCUGGCCUACAAUCAUGAAAGGAACCUCAUAUACUUCCUAAGCACAGAAGACGACCCCAAACGACGGCACUUGUACAGCGCCGACACGAUCCCUCCGUUCAACCGCUGCUGCCUGUCCUGUGAGUCCAAUUGCGGCUAUGUGGACGUUUCAUUCAGCCACAACAUGCGGUACUUCUUACUCAACUGUAAAGGUCCAAAUAUACCCAGUGUGGCUAUCUAUAGAACUGAGGAUAAACAGAAGGUGUUUGACGUGGAGACAAACGAGAGAGUAAACGACACGUACAACAACAUGCAGAUGCCCAUAGUGGAUAACAAGACCAUCACCAUAGACGACUACACUCUGACGAUGCAGAUCCUGAAGCCAGCUGGAUUUGUAGAAACAGCCCAUUACCCCUUACUGCUGCUAGUGGACGGGACCCCCGGCGGGCAGAUGGUGUCGGAGCAGUUCAGGGUGGACUGGGCCUCGGUCCUGGUCAGCAGCUUCAGCACCAUCGUCAUCCGCUUCGACGGCCACGGCAGCGGCUUCCAGGGAACCAACCUGCUGCACAAAGUCCGGAGGAAACUGGGAAUACUGGAGGAGAAAGACCAGAUGGAAGCACUGAGGUUCAUAUCCAAAGAGACUUAUAUUGAUAAGAGUCGAAUGGGAGUUUAUGGAAAGGCUUAUGGAGGAUAUUUGGCCACGUUGCUUCUGAGCUCUGAGGAGUUUACCGAACUUAAGUGCGGAGCAGCAGUCUCCCCCAUCACAGAUUUCGAGCUUUAUGCAUCUGCAUUCUCAGAACGAUACCUCGGCUCAAAGACAGAUUCCCAAGUAUAUACGAAAGCGAGUUUAGCGCACAAAGCGGGCCUGUUCCUGCAGAAGCAGUACUUGAUCAUUCACCCAACUGCUGACGAAAAGGUUCACUUCCAGCACACAGCCAAGUUUAUCAAUCAUUUAAUCAGCAAGAAGGCCAAUUACACUCUACAGAUCUACCCAGAUGAGGGCCACUUUCUCCACAGUGACGGCACGCAGCAGCACCUGAGCCAGGCCCUGGUCAACUUCUUCGAGGUGUGUUUCCGGGUGCCGGAGAUACUGACGGAGGAACCGGAGGAGGAGGAGGAGGAGGACGACAGUUAAUCUCCUCUGAGCAGCCCCUGGCCAGCUUUACAGCACAACAUGUAAGAGAUUGUUCAAACCCAGCCAACCCACAACACCUGCUGUCCAAUCAGAUUUAAGCUCUACUCUGAAGCACCUGCAUGUGCUAAAGGGGCCUCGACCUACAACCCCUCCCCCCCUGCCCUCGCGAUCUCAGAUGUGAACCUUCUCUGCUUUGGAAUAUAUGGACUAGUUCGCCCUCUAGUGGACAAAUGGAGGAUCAACUUAACGUCCGUUGAGCAAUGUGACAAGGCACAUUCAUCGGUCGCUUUACUGCACAAAAUAUCCCCUGUGAAGAUCAACUGAGAUUUAACUUUUGAAAGACUGCCAGUUUCAUUAACCUUGCCAACCAACUUACUGAUUAUUGUGUUCAAGAGUAUAAUUACUACUUGUUUCUCCGAAUUUCUCUGUUCAGUGUCGUGUCUUUAAAUGGAUGUCUGGCUGCAUCAGUCCGUAGUUGCUUUACCAAACGAGGGCAAUGUUUUAACUCCAAAAAAAAGUGUCUAUACAGAAAUAGUUACGACAUCACAUUUUCCCUCUUCCUAUUCCUGAAUUGAACUCUUUUUCUUUUAGUCGCUGUGCCUUACUGUGGGUGAAAUGGUCAUGUUGGGAGCCCACAUGAUACUGGAGUAAAUAUGGAUAGGCCUUGUCUGAACUGCAGACUCACAACUAGAUAAUUUAAUGUUCCUCAAAUAAUAGCCAGUUAUAAGUGAGGGACAUUUAAAUCACAAAGCAUGGCACAGUUUUAUCUUAAAACAUGGAGAGUACAAAAUAAUUGUAUGGCUGCUUGAAAGAUGGUAUUAUACUGACAGAAAUGUAAAGAGUAUUUGCAAACACAGUUCUUGAUAUUUACCUUCCAAACUGGCAUACUGGUGAGUUAACUAUGCUGAAUUUUCGUUAUUCUGAGAGUUACUUUGACUUGUGUGUGAAUUGGCUCGAGUCUCUCCCCUUGUCACUUCUGUUAGUAUUGUCAGUGGUUUCUAGUCAGCUGAUGUACAAAGUGUAUACAUAUUUUAUUGUUUAAGUCUUUGUUGUAUGCGCAACUUGUAUAUAAAGCGUUUUGAAAUGUA